AUGGCGUCACUGCGCGCGCGCGUUUCGGAAAUGCUGCCUGCCCUGCCGGUGCUGAUCGAUCUGGGCUCGAGUGCAGAGUACUACGCUCAGGCAAAGGCUGCACUCGAGCGUGCCGCCAUGGACGGAGAUGACAACACGAUGGGCGAGAGCUCCGGCUCACCGCACGACCUCUCCGGGCCGACUCUAGAUCUUUGCUUCGUGCUCGACGUCACGGGCUCAAUGGGGAGCUACAUCAAGGCCGCAUGUCAGAACAUCGAGUCCAUCUGUGACGAGAUUGCCAGAUCAGGGCGACUGGCGACACCCGAACAUCUCCGCAUUGCCAUCAUCGCCUACAGGGAUCAUCCGCCCCAGGACAACUCCUUUGUGACCAAGAUCUUCCCAUUCAGUGCAGAGGUGGCUGCUGCAAAAGACUUCUUGAGCAAUCAGUAUGCGUCAGGCGGAGGCGAUGGACCUGAAGCCUCGACUGCCGCGCUCAAAGCUGCCUAUGAGCUUGACUGGAGGGAGAACGCAAGCAAGGUCACUGUCCUCAUCACAGAUGCACCUCCACAUGGUCUCGGCGAAUACGGCGAUGCCUUUGCGGCAGGUUCGCCAGACGGUGUCGAUCCCCUGCAACUCGCGCGAUCCAUGGCACUCAGAGGGAUACCCAUCUUUGUCGUCGCUUGCGAACCUGCGCUCAGUGGCUACAGCUACGCAACAGACUUCUACCGCGGUCUCGUCAAGCUCGCUUCCGGUGUACUCGUUCCGCUCACGACCGCGAACUUGCUCGCACACGUCAUCGUCGGUAGCGCGCUCGAACAACUCGACCUGGACAGACUGAUCAACGAAGUCGGCACCGUUGUCGCCGAACGCGUGCACAGUGGUCAAGAGAGCGUAGAUGACGUCGCGAGGGAACUGCACGAGAAGCUCAUGCUCAGGAAUGAGACGACCAAACAGAUGCUCGUCGAGGACAUCUAUCGCGAUUCGGACGAGGCGAGGCACAACAUCGAGAUAUGGGCAAAUGCUACCGAUCUCGCUUCUGCGAGACCUCAUCUGCAGCGCAUCAAAGGCUCCAGAUUCACGGACAAGUACCUCGCAUCGCGCUACCAGAGUGCCUCAUCCUAUAGCUACCCCGCUUUGCCAGCGCGAACCAAGACGCCUCCGCCGGCGCCCAAGCCUACGCCUGCUUCACCUCCGAGAGGCAUCGUGAGUGACUUUGCAGCCUUCUCUGCGCCGACGACGAUGAGCAUGGCGGCUGCAAGAGGCGAACCCGCCCAGACAGGUUUUGGCACGACGAGACCCCUGAGCACAUUCGACGGCUCAGCUUCUGCUUUCGGACUGGUCGACCGAUCUGCACGUACACCCGUGAGUCCUCAAGCCAAUGCUGCAUCUUCAGAAGACGACAUUCAGGGCGUAGAGCUCAAGCUGCAAAGUAUUUCGUUCGAUCAGGCGAGGAGAAUCACGAUGCAAAGCGCCUUCAGGGCAAUGCGAUAG